AUGGCCCCCAACAGAGUCAUCGUUGUCGGCGGCGGCUUGUCCGGCCUGAGCGCUGCCCACACCAUCUACCUCAACGGUGGCAACGUCGUUGUCCUCGAUAAGCAGGGCUUCUUUGGUGGCAAUUCUACCAAGGCCACUUCUGGUAUCAACGGUGCCCUCACCCGGACCCAGGUCGAUCUUGGCAUCCAGGACAGCGUCAAGCAGUUCUACGAGGAUACCCUCAAGUCGGCCCGUGACAGGGCCCGUCCCGACCUCAUCAAGGUCCUCACCUACAAGUCGGCUGCUGCUGUCGAGUGGCUCCAGGAUGUCUUCGGCCUUGACCUCACCCUUGUCUCCCGUCUCGGUGGCCACUCCCAGCCCCGUACUCACCGUGGCCACGAUGCCAAGUUCCCCGGCAUGGCCAUCACCUAUGCCCUGAUGCAGAGACUCGAGGAGCUCGCCGAGUCUGAGCCCCACCGUGUCCAGAUCCUCAAGAAGGCCCGUGUUGUUGGCCUCAACAAGGAGGGCAACAAGAUCACCGGCGUCAAGUACGAGCACGAGGGUCAGCUCAAGACCAUGGAGGGCCCCGUCGUCCUGGCUACCGGCGGUUACGCUGCCGAUUUCGGCGAGAACUCGCUUCUCCGCAAGUACCGCCCCGAUACCCUCGGCCUGGCUACCACCAACGGCAACCACGCCACUGGUGACGGCCAGAAGAUGGUCAUGGAGAUUGGCGGCAACGGCAUCGAUCUCGACAAGGUCCAGGUUCACCCCACUGGUCUCGUCGACCCCAAGGAUCCCAACUCCAAGUGGAAGUUCCUGGCUGCCGAGGCCCUCCGUGGUGAGGGUGGUAUCCUCCUGAACUCCGAUGGCGACCGCUUCUGCGACGAGCUCGGCCAUCGUGACUACGUCUCGGGCAUGAUGUUCAAGGAGAAGGAGAAGGGCAAGUGGCCCAUCCGCCUGGUUCUCAAUUCCAAGGCCUCCAACGUUCUCGACUUCCACACCCGCCACUACUCUGGCCGUGGUCUCAUGCGCAAGAUGACUGGCCAUGAGCUUGCCAAGGAGAUCGGCUGCACUCCCGAGCACCUCCAGAAGACCUUCCAGACUUACAACGCCAUUGCCGAGGGCAAGAUCAAGGACCCUUGGGGCAAGCGUUUCUUCCACAACAUGCCCUUCGACAUCAAUGACACCUUCCACGUCUCGCUGAUGGAGCCUGUGCUCCACUUCACCAUGGGUGGUGUUGAGAUCAACGACAAGGCUCAGGUUCUCAACAAGGAGAAGAAGCCCUUCGAGGGUCUCUUCGCUUGCGGUGAGCUCGCUGGUGGUGUCCACGGCGCCAACCGUCUGGGUGGCUCUUCACUGCUGGGCUGCGUCGUCUACGGCCGUGUUGCUGGUGACUCCGCCAGCAACUAUCUCUUCCAGCAGGCGCUCCAGAGUGUCUCGCAGCCGGCCGCCCGUCUGGGCCAGAUCGCCCUCCACAUCGACCCUUCGAAUCCUGGCAAGCUCUCGAUUGAGUGGGCCAACGGCGCCGCUGCUCCCGCUGCCCAGGCGGCUGCCCCCGCCCCCGCCGCGGCUGCUGCUGCCCCGGCUGCCCCGGCCGCGAAGAAGGAGUCAAGCCAACCCAAGCCCUUCGCCAUCCCUGACAAGGAGUUCACCAUGGAGGAGGUCGCCAAGCACAACAAGAAGGAUGACCUUUGGGUUGUCGUCAAGGGCGUUGUUCUUGACCUGAGCAACUGGCUCAACGACCACCCUGGUGGCCCUCAGGCUCUCAUCAACUUCGCUGGCCGUGAUGCCACCGAGGAGUUCGAGAUGCUUCACGAUGACGAGGUCAUUCCCAAGUACGCCCCUGAGCAGGUUAUUGGCCGCGUCAAGGGCCAGAAAGUUACCCUCCAGGUUUAA